ACAACUCUAUUUUAUUAUUAAACUGAAGUUGUUGAUCAGUUCUGUCUCUCCUAAAAAAAAUAAGCAACUGGAAGAAGUUGGAAGGAACCCUGCGGACUUCACAUGGAAGAAUCAUUCAUUUAUGCGCAGCUUGUGACGAAAACUUCGGACUAUUCAGAUUGGAAAGACAACGUGUGGAAACCAUUCACAUAACAUGACUAGCUAUAACUUCCUUUUAAGAACCCACUUUGAAGAGCGUUUUGAGUAAAUGUUUUAUUUUGCUAAACUUUUGCAACAUAAUUGGCGUAAUGAAUACACCCUUGUUACUUCAUCCGGAAACAUGGAGGCUGUCGUCUGUGAUGUUGUUUCACCAGAGGAUCUCUUGAAAUUUGAGAAGUAUUCUACAGAGUUGGCUGAAGACACAAAGUUUGAGUAUGCCUGGUGUCUGAUCAGGAGCAAUUUCCCGGAUGACAUCAAUAAGGGCAUCGUUCUGCUGGAUGAGCUGGUUCACAAGGGGACCAAGGAUGACCAGAGGGACUACUUGUUUUACCUGGCUAUUGGAAACUACAAACUGAAGGAGUAUGAGAGGGGCCUGAAAAGCAUCCGGAUCCUCCUGAAGAAUGAGCCAGGGAACACGCAAGCUCUGGAUCUGGAGAAGCUCAUAGUGAAGGCCAUGAGGAAAGUUUAUCAGAUGAAGACCCAUGCAUCUAGCCUGGAGCCAGAUGUUUGUAUUGCAUAUGGUUGCUGUCAGCUAUACAUUAUGGCUACAUAG